AUGAUGCCAAAGGCCCAGCUGCCUCUGACUCCGGCACCGUCGGCGGAGAUUGCGGCGCUGGACAAGGGCAUCAAUUCUCCCGUUGGCGUCUUCUUUUCCCUGCCUCCGCCCGUCAUCAUGUCGAACCGCACAGGAACAACCACAAACACUUCCUCAUCCUCCUCCUCCUCUUCCUCCUCUUCCUCCAACAAGAACAGCCUGUUCCCUCCUCUCUCGCCCCCGUCUCCCGACAUCAAUGCCGCCGCCCAGUUGUCUUCCACCCGCACCUUGCGUCAGAGAUCCUCGACAAAGAGGCCAGCCGCCGAUUUCACCCUGCCCCCACCACCAACCAGGACCAGGAAGAUCAUCCAGGUCAAACCAAAAGGCCAGGAGCAGCCGAAAGCUUCCGGAGCCGGUGCGCAGGCAAAGGGGAAAGAUGGCCAGAGUGCGUCCGCGGACGGAAGCGGGUCGAAGAGGAAGCAGCCCGGUGCGACGACCGCGGCCGGCCGGAAGAUCGCACGCCGGACGGCACAUAGCCUCAUCGAAAGGAGGAGGAGAUCGAAGAUGAACGAGGAGUUUGCCACCCUGAAGAAUAUGAUCCCGGCCUGCAAGGGCCAGGAGAUGCAUAAACUUGCUAUACUACAGGCAAGCAUAGAAUACGUAAACUACCUCGAACAGUGUAUCGCGGACCUCAAAGCAGCAAACAUUCGCCGAGACUCUACACCCACGUCGCCAACGUGGAAUACCCCCAAAGAACCUGGAACCGGCCUAUCCUCAUACUCUGCCUCUCCGGAGUUCAAUCCGCAUCCCGAACCAUCUGCAUCUUAUUCCCAAACUACGUCUCCCCGAGCAAGCGGAGAUACCCAGUCUCGCUCUUCCCACACUUCCCCAUUCGAAAUCAUCCCCAUGAUCCUCCCCAGUCCCGCCCUCCCACCUUCAAACACCCCCUUCUUCCCGCCCCGUGUCCACCGCGACACCCUCUCUUCCAACACUUCCACCAUAUCGACCGUCUCAACCACCUCCACCACAUCAAGCACCACAUCGCCCAUCAUCCCCCCGCACCAACAACAACAACAUCAGCGCCAACAGAGCCACCAACGCGGCGCCUCCACGCCCUCAAUGUUGCCCCAGGCACAUUCCAGCCGGGACAGCAUGGACGUGGACAUGGACCGCGAAGCUACGACGGCACUGCUGAUGCUGAACAUCGACCGGAGGACCUCGAGCGGGAUAGCCGACACGCCCAGGCCGGCGUUCCCGAGAGGAAACUCUGACGCCGGGGGGAAGAAUGGCAUCAGCGUGCAUGAUCUGUUGAGCCAUUGA